AUGUUCAACAACGCCGGAACUUUAAGCACCUCCGAUCAGACUGUCCUCGACCUUGAUGUUUCUCAGUUCGACUGGUUGUUUGCAGCGGCACGGGCAAUGGUGGAGCCGCGCGUGAAGGGAAGCAUAGUGUGCACAGCGAGCGGGGCGGCGCGUAACGGUGCAAACAAGCGGACUGUUUACAUUAUGUCGAAGCACGCUGUGCUUGGGCUGGUUCGUUGGCCAAUUCAUCAACUUGGGGGGUAUGGGACUAGGGUUAACAGUGUGUCGCCGUCGGGGGUACCAACGCGGUUGAUUUGCAAGUCGCAGGAGGAGAUAAUGGGAGUUCGAAAGAGGUACGAGCCACUCACCAGCUUGAAAGGGACUGUGCUAAGUGUCAGACACGUCGCAGAUGCUGUGUUGUUUCUCGUCUCCGACGAGUCUGCGUUCAUUACCGGACAUGAACUCGCCGUCGACGGUGGGUUUAUCAGUCUUCCAGAUCCGGUCUCUUUAGAAGCUAAUUAA